GAGUAGUGUUGAAAUCGGUUAAGUUCAUAUCUCCACCUCUUGGAACAAUGAACCUGUAAUUCAUGUUCGCGCGACAGCCGUGAAAGGCUCAGUGGUAAAAGGCUCUUGUUCCUUGACCCAAGGUAUUAUUCACCGUGCAAGUGACAUGGAGUAGUGAGGAAACACUUCGGUGAACGAGUAAUCCCUGCUUUGCUCUCUGAGAAGGCCUAAGCAGCACGCCUGACAUAUUGUGCAAGAUAAUGGAUAGAGGGCAGUCGGCUUGUGCACUUAUUGCUCUGUUGUUGGUAGGCCGGUUUUCAUCGACUUUUGCCACUACGGAUGUUCGUCUUGCUGGUGGUUUUAGUUCCCGUAGAGGUCGAGUGGAGGUUCGCUUGAGCAACGGCACAUGGGGAACCGUAUGCGACGAUGCCUGGGACUUACUAGACGCAAACGUUGUCUGCCGCCAACUCGGGUUUUCAAAGGCAACAGCCGCUAACCUACACUACGGGACUGGUGACGGCCCUAUCCUUUUGGACCAGCUGGAUUGCACCGGGCAAGAAAGUGACUUGUUCCAAUGCCAAGGAAACGCGGUGGGCGUGCAUGACUGCUCACAUGCCGAAGAUGCUGGUGUUGAUUGCGCCAACGGCGACGUUCGACUUGUGGGUGGGCCAAGUGAGAUGAGAGGCCGCGUGGAAGUUCGCCGCUACGGGGUCUGGGGGACGGUUUGUGAUGAUUACUGGGACAAAAGUGACGGUAACGUGGUUUGUCGGCAACUCGGGUUUUCGCAAGCUGUUGCGACCAUCCAGACGUUUGGAGGCGGCAGCGGUCGGAUUUUCCUGUCCAAUUUGCGUUGCACUGGAUCGGAAAGCAACCUUUUCGAAUGCCCUAACAUUCACAGUGCGGCAGGAUACGGUGGCUGUAGCCACUAUGAAGAUGCUGGCGUUGAAUGUGUGAAAUUAUCCACUUGCGGAGCGCCUCCCAGUUCUUCCCUUGGGAGCACAAACUUCACAACUUCUACUCCCGGAUCGAUAGCUCUGAUCACAUGCAAUGGCGGGUACACAUAUCGUGGAAAGCAACCUUAUCGCCUCUGCUCGUCCUAUGGAAUGUGGAGUGAUCCCGUGGGAGAUUGCGAACACCGUUGCGGCCCGCGACAUGCUGGGGUAAAUGCGAACGUCGCAUACUCAACAUCGGUUUAUACCAGGUAUGUGUGCUGGAAUAAUGCAACAUACGUCACUGGCAGUCGCAUAUCGAGAUGUAAUUCCUCAACAGGACAAUGGUCGGGCGCACCCUACGUAUGCCAAGACAAGGACUGCGGGACACCUCCAGCAGGUGUGAAGGCUACUGUGGAAUACACGACGACACGCGUAAAUGCAACAGCGUCGUUCAAGUGUCAUCCUCAUACUCGGCGCUCAUGGGGUGACACUCAGCUAGUUUGCACUGAACGAAGCUACUGGCGGGGAACCACCCUGAGAUGCGAAGAUAUUCUUUGCAGCCGAAGUCCUACCAUUCCCCAAGGAACAGCCUCGAUAGGAGGUCGCACUAUCGGUUCCGUUGCGGCUAUUCGCUGUGAUGAAGGAUACACUCUAAACGUAACCGAUCCAACACUGAGGUGUGAGAAUACAUCAUCGGUCUCGGCUUCAUGGACUGGACCUGAUGCCCGCUGCCUUCCGGAGCCACCAGGCAUGAUCAUCAAUGCUACAGGCGCUGACAUUACUGUCACUGUUCAACACGCGCUGAGAAGGCCCAACAUCUUGCAGUACUGUAUUGUGAUGACACCACUGACUCCAUUAGCCGAACACUCCAACGAAACAUGCCAGGAGGAGCCAAGCGUUGUUGUGCGGCGAUUAGACACGAAUGACGUCAUGCAGUUGAGAGCAUACGUCACCACCGAUGACAACGAGACGAGCGAAGAGUCACGCGGGGUUUUCGUCUAUCCAGAAAUAUCAGAGCCAAGCCCCGAUACUUCCCCACAUACAUCCAAGUCGUCAUCGUCAGCUGAAGCAGGAGCGACAACAACGACACUGAACAAACAGAAUAUUCCAUCUGCUAUCCUGGUUGCUAUAGUUCUACUAGUAGUUUUAGUCGUGCUGUUUGCUGUGACAACAGUCGUGUUUUGGCGAAGGUUUCGAACUGAAAGGGAACGAGCUUCCAGCAAGGCGUCUGGUUGGGUGGACAGCAAUCCGCUGCAGCCAAUCGUUGACUCGCAACCUGAAGGCGACACAAGGCUAUUCGUUGACGCGAAUACCGGCACCAGCGGUCAAAGGCAGAGGCAGGAGGGAGACACGAAUGUAUACACCAACGGUGCAAGCGACGGCAACGUUGGCCGUGGCCAGGAGUACGAAGAUUGCGAGCCCGUCCAGAUCGGAGGCGACCCGCGCUGGUCAUUUGCUGAUCCAUGCCUCACAUUGAAUGGUGACAUGAACGCUUGCAGUGGUCUGAAGGCUCCGCGACGACAGUCAGCUUCACCUGAGAGGUAUACUCGCGGACAAGGAGCAUCAGUCUUCACCCAGCGGUCUAAAGAGACUUCCAAGGAUGAGACCAUCGCCAACGAACCAUACUACCAGUCACCACGACCUGCAGAAGAGUACGUCCAACAUGAACCGGAGAUGAGGCAGUGCCUGCCUCAGGGGGAAUUCAGCGUUCUCCCUGAUAGGCAACUUGAUGAAGACGAACCCAUGUAUGUGAAUCGCCCCCUUUGAUGCGGAGGGUGUGAUUUACUGAUCCAGCCCAUCAAUCCGCCAGUUUAUUGACCCGGUAUAGUUCUUGCAGUAACCCAGUCGCUCGACCGGCUGCAUAACCCAUCAGCUUUUGUUUCUCUGGUGUACGUUUUAGACGACACUUGCGCUUGUCUUCCGUUGCUUUGCACUUCGCGCAAUCGCAUAUCCCAGCAUAGCAAACUAGCCGCCACCAUAAACUGUACGGUAAACACUAAACAGGCACAUGGUUUCCAUGGAAAUAACACACAGGAUUGCUUCACACUAAAAUUAGUAACUGGCGGCACGUCUGGUUUUGACCGACGUCAAAAGUCCCCUCACGCUCAUUCAUAACCGCCCACCAUUAUGUAACCUCGAAUUUUAAACGUUGUUGUGCCAUCCGAAUAGGUCACAGGUCAAUCAAUAGUUCUGUCUAACUUUACAAGUUUUUCAUGCAUGUUCUUUAUCAGCAUCCAAGUCCUGGCACAAACAACCAAGAGCACAAUCAAAAGAGACCCGGAAUUUCUGAUGGUCGCUGAUAAUUGUAAAAAUAGAAGAAAAACACAUGGGAACGAGUUAUGAAUUCGCUUUUCUUCUAUUUUACAUUAAUUUUAUCACUGGGUCAGUAUCCGAGUCAUUGAUAUUCUUCAUUUUUCCUGAUUUUUGUCCCCACUUUUCGUUAAUAUUGGCCAGUCAUUUGGCAUUGCUUUGCCACUGUCAUGCUGAUGAUAAAUUUCGAAUCCCCAGCCAAGAUUAUUCAAGAUCAUGAGAAUGGACGCCCACAGAAUGUGUAAGAUGUGAAAACUGUCGAGUCUCUAGGAGAUUGAACAAG